CGCAGUUCCGCCGACGAUUGACGAAUGGGCGAAGCAAUGGCAGACGAAGUCGCCUCUCCCGCAGUAGAACAAACCCAGGUCGAAGGAGUGGACCCCAGCACUGUUGCCGUCAGUGUGCACGUGCAAAGCCCGAACGGCAAAGACUCCAUCUUGCUCGAGAUGGUGAGCCCUCUCGACAGUGUCAUGUCGCUUCGUCAAAUGGUCUCGGAAUACCCCGUCUUUGCCCACCACACAUCGUACCAUUUCGAAUUGCAGGUGUCUGAGACUUGGGUGCCCCUCAAUGAUUUCGUCGAAUUUGGUGAAUACACUGCGUUGUUGGAUCCGUCGACGACUGAAUUCCACACUCGCAUUGUGUUGGACCGUUACGACCUUCGCAAAGUACGCGCCCAAGUGAAGCGCCUACGUGACGUUUUGGCGAACCCCCCGAUUCCCCAGCAAUCGUCCAAAGCCCCUACACCUGUCACCCCGGAAGCAACUCCCGCGAAGGAAAAAUCUGCCAAGGAGCAAACUCAAGAACAGCUCGCCAAGCUGAAGGAAAUCCAUCGAAAGCUCGAAGGCCUUGUUGUGCCCAUCACACCUACUCUGUCGGCGUUUUACUCUCCUGUGGCGCUCCAACCUCCUGUCGAAUCCAACACGAAAGCCACUGCUUCAAAUGCUGCGUCGUCGAAGAAGGGGAAGAAGAAGCAACCCUCUACUCCUGCCACACCUUCCAAAAUUAACGACAAGACUCAAGCUGAACUUCCGUCGUCGCUGCCGAAGUGCGUUGAAAGCAUCGUCUUGUCUGGGUUCAACCCUCCGCCAGGCCCGCGAAAACUCGCCGGUGACCUUGCUUACUACGAAGUGACGCUGACGGACAAGAAGGUUCUCCACAUCACGGCGCACGUGGCGGGCUUUUACGUGAACCGAAGCGUCGGCACCAAGUUUGACCCUCUUCCGGCAGCUGAUCACCACCACCUCCUGGUGGACGUGCUUCUCAACGCGUCUUCGACAUUUUCCGACCUGUACGCGUCGCUUUUGGCCACGGCCGCGACGUGGGCUUCCGCUGGCGCGACUUCGAUCGACGCCAUGGUGCAAGCUGGUGCGACGGCGUCGACUGGCGUACCCCAAUGGAACACGCAGGUCAAAAACUCGGCGCAACACGAAUACGAUGCGAACCGCACGCAGGACGAGCUCAGCAUCGGCCUGGACGAACGUGGCGUCAUCAGGGAUUGGAAUGAAGAGUACCAAUGUGCCCGCGAGCUCCCGAACGAGUCGGUGCGCGACCAGAUUGUCCGUGCUCGCGUCUUGUACAAGGUCACGACGGAGUUUAUCGAGGCUGCGACCGUCGGUGCUGUCGCAAUUGUAGACGGAUCGAUUCCCCCGAUCAACCCUAUGGAUGACGAAAACGCGUGGGUGUACGUGUACAACCAGAUCUUUUUUUCCCGCGCCGUGGAGGGCCAGAAGCACGUGCACGACGACACGGAGGCCUCGCACGAGAACGCGUACUCGAGCGCCAACCACGACCUUCAAGGCGUCCGCGCGUACAACGCUGUCGACGUCGCUGGCCUCCACACGUUGGCCACGGUAGUCGUCGACUACCUCGGCAUGCGCAUUGUGGGCCAAAGCAUCAUUCCCGGCAUUCUUCAAGGCGAAGCUGCGUCCAAGUUGAUCUAUGGUUCUGUGGACAGCGGGGCCACCAUUGUGGCCCAAGACGACAUGCACGUCAAGAUGCAAAAGGCCGGCGAUGUGCUCUUGCUUGCGGACCGCGCCAUUUCGGCUGACACGUCGUUGGUCGGGCCUGUGGAAGCCAAGGGCAUUUUGGGUGCCGACAACCGCCAGUACAUUUUGGACUUAGUACGCAUCACGCCGAAGGAUUACCAUUACUACUUUGGCCACGAAGAGGGAGACCAAAAGGACUUCGGCGUGACCGCCAAGACCCGCCAGGAAUUGGACAGUGCUGACGCCGGCAAGUACACGGCACUAUUGCGUCCCGAACUCAUUCAACUCUUCGCUCGAUACAAGACGAACAAAGACAAAACGGACGCCAUCGCGAACGAAGAUACCAAGACUCCAGCGACGGAUACCGCGCCCUCGGUGGAAACAAAGUCGGAGGAAUCGACUUCGGCGGAGAAGGAGGCCGAGUCUGUUGCGAAGUCGUCGGCCAUCACGUUGCGAUUCAACGCUAACGUGUUCAUGUCAUACCCGGCUUCGACCGACGCGGAGGAAGCUGCCGCGGACGAAGCACUUGCCAAGGAAGCAGCAAAGUACCUCCAGACUUUGGUCAUCCCCGCCUUUGUCGCGGAUCUCCGACGAGGCGCAAUGUACCCUGCGGACGGCAAUGCCCUCACUGAUAUGAUGCAUGCAUGUGGUAUCAACAUGCGAUACCUUGGACGUGUCGCGGCCCUGGCAGCUGCGUUCGAGCCCAAUGUGUCAAAGUUUGUGGUGGAAUUGUUGGAGGUUGAAAUGAUUGCCCGCUCGCUCAAGCACAUUGUGUCGGCAUUGUUCGCGGCCCAGCCUGACUUGCGCAGCACCCCUGGUCUUUUGCUGGUCGAAGUACUCAACGCGCUCUUGGGCUCUUCGCGCAAGGUGGCGGGAUCCACUGCACCAUCGACCGAGAUGCUUGGACUGGACAAGCUCAGCUUGACCCCAUCGGUGCAGCAACAGCUCACUCCCGCGACGCUUUGGCCCCGCAUCAAGGAAGACGUGGCCCGCCGAUUCGGGUACACACUGCGUCUGUGGCCUGGUGCUGCCAAACAACGCAGUGCCAAGGCCGACGCUGCCUCUGCAGCGCCUCGCGUGCACAAGUCCGUCCUCUUGCGUCGCGUGUGCCAACGAUUGGGUUGGCAAGUGGCCAGCGUCGAUUAUGACUUUGACGCGGACGCCCCUUUCGAUGUGGCCCAUGUUACUGGCAUGCAGCCUGUGGUCAAACACUCGCUUCCAGCGCAUCCAUUUGGACACGCCGCGACCCUGCUCGAACGUGCCCGAUUCCUCGUCAGCCAAGGCGUCCUCGGCCCUGCUUAUGAAAUGCUCCAGGAUGCAUCGUCGCUUUUGUUCCAAGUGUGCGGUGGCGCCCAUGAAGAUGCUGCCCUCAUCCUUGCGUCCACUGCGACCGCCUUGUACCAUGCCGGCGAUGUGACUGGAGCGAUUUCGUCGCAACGCCGGGCGCUAGGGUUGUACACCCAACUCAAGGGCCUCGAUUACUACGACACAGCUUUCGCUCAUGCGAACUUGGCCCUGUACCUGCAUGCGAACGCGAACACGGCUGAAGCAGUCGGCCACCUCAAACGCGCCAUCUACUUGUUGGAAUUGGCGGCUGGGCCGCACUUUCCAGAAACGAGUGUCUUGUACUAUAAACUCGGUAUGAUGUGCCAGGACGUGGGCCACGUCGCACUGGCGUUGGUGUGCCACCGUGAAGCGCUUCGUCGCGGCGAGUUGGACCGCCACCAAGCUGGAUUGUGCUUGCAUGCGAUGGCCAUGGCGUGUGCGUUGGCUGGUGGGUUCCGCGAAGCUCUAUCCUACGAGAAGAAGGCCCUUGGAUUGUACCAAGAAGUUGUGGGCGACGAAGAUCCCCGCGUGGUCGAGAGCCUCAAGUACAUUGAACUCUUCACGGCCAAGGCGGUGGAAGGCGCCAAGGGCCGCCAAGAAAUCGACGCUGUUGCUGCCGCCGAUGCGAUGGCAAAUGCGUUGGCCGAAGAAUGGGACGUUGAAAUCCGCGAAGCGGAGAAAAAGCGACAGGGAAGCAACAAGAAAAAGUCGAAGAAGCAAGCAGCAUAGGGUAUCUCGCUUGUGCAACCAACCUUAUAGAGAAAUGAAGAAUAUAUCCAACUGUGCAAAAC